AUGGAGAGGGAGACGGGGGUUCAGAGCAAUGUGCCUGCCCAGGCUACAGGCUACAGCGUAAAGCCACAUAUUACCGUUCUAGUAGUUUACAAUGUUGGCCCCAGAGAAAAUAAGAUGGAUCGCAUCCACAAAGCCCUGAUCAGCCCCGGUUUGGGGCUGAGCUCGCCCCUGAAGAGGAAGGCCACUUCCUGCGCCGUCUGUCGGCUGAGGUUCAACUCCGAGGCGCAGGCCUCGUCCCACUACAGUGGCACGAGGCACGCCAAGAGGCUGAAGGCUCUGGACCCCCCCGAUUCAAAGACCAGGACCUCUGAACCGGUCGCCAAGGAAACCGCAUCACAGAUCCUCUCCUCGCCCCGUUUGCAAGCCGAAACAACAUCAGAAGAUCCCUGGACGCCUGUGCGCGGGGGAACGGGGAGGGAUGAGUGA